AUGAUUUUCCACAGCCCUUCACGAUCCACCGCGUCGAAGGCUUUCGUCAGAUCCACGAAGGGUAGAGUACUGGUGGGUCCGCAUUUCCUGGCACUUCUCCUGAAGUUGGCCUCCGGCGCAGGUCAUGUCCGUGGUCCCACGAUGAUGGUUGAAGCCGCACUGGCUUUCUGGUAGAAGACCCCGUUCUAGAUGGUGAUUUAAGCGGUUGAGGAGGAUGCUAGCGAAGACUUUCCCAAUAAUGUUCAGCAAGGAAAUGCCUUGAUGGGUGUCACAGAACUGACGGUUGCCUUUCGGCUUAUAGAGAUGCACGAUUGUAGCGUCCUUGAAAUCACGCGGGACUUCUCCUUGCGCAAAAUAUCCUGAAAUAGUGCCGUCAGAUGAUCCAUGAGUUGGGUAGCACCGUGCUUGUAGACCUCGACAGCGAUCGCGUCCGAUCUGGGUGCUUUCCAUUUGGGCAGCUGCUGCACGGCCCCGAUGGUUUUGUGCAGAGAGGGAGAGAGGUAGAAGUCAGCGUUGGUUCCCACUUGAGGCAAACGGGCGAUGGCAGGGUCAGAGAUGGUGGAGGGGAGGUUGAGGACGGAUCUGAAUUGUUCGGCUCACCGCUAUAGAAUUUGUGUCUCCUCGGUGAGUAGGGUACUGCCGUCGGCGUUGAAAAACGGAGCAACUGCUUUGGUUGGCGGACCGUAGACAGUCUUGAUCGCGGAGAAGAAAUUCUUCCAUUCCACACACGCACACACACGAAAGUUCGACCGUCGUGUUAGACGGUAUUUACCGUGUGCCCCACAGCAGAUGGUUGGGGCAGAUACAGUGACUUGCGCGGGGUUUAUGGUGCCGGUGGACGUGCGCUGCAUCUACCACUCUCCUUCCUCCUCCCCCGCCCGAGCCCGGUGUCAAGACAGAGUCAAGAAGACCAGGAGACGAGGGAGGCCGCCGGUGGAUGGCUUGGACGGAUCCUCACCUUGGGGCUCUACUCCGCACCCCCUCGUCCUCUUAACAAAUGGCCAGGACUUUUACCAACACCAAUAAAUAGAGUGGAGGCCGGAACGGCCGAAGCCGCACCUAGGCAUGCCGCCAUCGCCCGGCACGGAUUCUACACAAUGGGAGUGCCAUAAAGGCCACAUUAAAAAUUAGCCACUGCAGCCUGACUCUCAGACCUCCAUUCGAGGUCCAAGUUAUUCCGUCAGUUGUCAACCUUCCAAGCCAUGGCCCUUAGCGCACUGUGAUAUCUUCAAGCGCGUCAGAUUGUUUAUAGUGAGGAAAGUGCGCUGAGUCGUCGACCUCACUCUCCCUUCCCAUUCUCACACCCCAGCCACUGUCCGAGCCGGUCAGCUGACUGGAGCGGGGAAUGGGCGCGGUGGCUGGCAUGAUCGAGUGACCAUGUCUGCGUACGCCACGUGCACGACCUGGCCCCCAGACACACAUACACCAGGAUUUCGCUCAGUGGGGGUUGAACGGUGGAUCUCUUACUUGCGUGAGAAGGCCUUGGAGGGUGCUGUUUCAGCCCGUCUCCCAGCCCACCAGCCCACCAGUCCGCCACUCCACACAACACACAUAAGUGAACGGACUGCAUGAACCGAGUUGCGACGUCAAUUAGCAGCCAUCCUAUCCACGACGCUUGACGCAUCGACAUAGUCUCAGGCUCGAGUCACGCGUGCAGCAGAGGCCGCACGGAGACCGACUCGAGAUGCAGACUUCCUCUUGCGUCGGAGGUGGCAGUUGGGUGCUUGCGGUCACUGAGUGUUGAUGUGUGGUGGUGAGGGAGGGAGGGUGUGAUGGUGUGGUGCAGCCGGCGGUUGUCUACCGCAGGCGUUCGUGGAUGUGCAUGUGGCCGAAUAGACCAAUGCGAUGCCUGAAAGUGCGAGGGCAGUGUGGAAAGUGGAGGCGAGUGCGGUUGGUGUAUGUUGGUGCUCUAUGUACUGGUUCUUCAGCCUCUUUGCGAUGGAUUCGCAAGCGACGGAUUAGACCGAUGCGUGAGGUGAAUGUGCGUGGACAGUGAGGGCAUGAGAAGUCGGUGGUAUCGGGGUCGGUUAUGGAGGUGGUGAUGGUGGUGGGCGCACAGGGCCACAGGAUGAGGGUGGGGCUGGGCGUGGUGGGUGUGUUGGGACUGCGAUCAGUUCCGCUCUCAUGGAUGCGCAUGUGACCGAACAAGUGAUGUUGACGUCUGAGGAUUGCAUGCAGUGUUGAGGUGCGUGGCAGGCGCCACGACGGUAGGCGAUGUAGAGGCGGAGAAGGAGGAUGAAGAGGAGGAGGAGGAGGAGGAGAAGGAGGAGGAGGAGGAGGAGGAAGUUGAGGAGGAGGAGGAGGAGGAGGAUGGAAGUGGUGGUCAGAGUUAA